CCUGAGGUGAAUAAGAUUUCGUGUCUGCAUCCCUGCCCCUGCCCCUGCCAGGCCAAAUUGAAGAAGCUGCAUCUUGCUACCCAAAAUGCAGUGUUCCCAUCACUGUGAGCACCUACUGGAGAAGCUAAACAAACAGCGAGAGGUGGGCUUCCUUUGCGACUGCACCAUCAUUAUUGGUGAAUUCCAGUUCAAAGCUCACCGAAAUGUUCUGGCUUCCUUUAGCGAGUACUUUGGGGCUUUUUACAGGGAUACUUCAGAGAGUAACGUAUUUUUGGAUCAGAAUCAAGUGAAGGCCGAUGGAUUUCAGAAACUCCUGGAGUUCAUAUAUACGGGAGAGUUAAACCUUGACAGUUGGAAUGUUAAAGAAAUUCAUCAGGCUGCUGACUACCUCAAAGUGGAGGAGGUGGUUGCUAAAUGUAAGAUAAAGAUGGAAGACUUUGCUUUUAUUGCUAAUCCCUCUUCGACGGAAAUCUCUAGUAUCACUGGGAAUAUUGCAUUGAACCAACAGACUUGCCUCCUAACCCUUCGUGACUACAACAACCAGGAGAAAUUAGAUCUCCCCUCAGUGGACACAGUUCAAUCCCUGGUCUUAACAGCAACCCCAGAAAAAAAAUCCGUUCAAACCAAAAAGCGAAAGAAGGCCUUCAGCUCGCUAAAAAACCUGCCGGACAAACCUGCCCAAUAUCCAAGUGAUGCCGUGGAGAACUGUGCAGUGGAGAUGUUUCUAGAUGCUAAUAAACUAGCCACGGAGAUAACGGAGCAAGCUGCCCAGGGUGGGGAUAAUGCUGAGCUGCAGCUGACGCCGGUGGUGGAGAGCGAAACCUUUGCUGCACAGGAGAUCCUGGUCCAGUCUAUGGCCCUGAAACCCAAACGGGGGAAAGCGCCACAGGGCUUUGCUUUGAAAGAGCACUGCUUAUCCGACAUCACCAGCGACAAGAACGCUUACCAGCUGGAAAGCUCUGGAGAGGAACUGGAUCAGAAAUACUCCAAGACCAAGCCAGUCUGUAACACCUGCGGGAAGGUGUUUUCCGAAGCCAGCAGUCUCAGGCGGCACAUGAGGAUCCACAAAGGAGUAAAACCGUACGUGUGCCAGCUCUGCGGGAAGGCCUUUACGCAGUGCAACCAGCUGAAAACGCAUGUAAGAACUCACACAGGUGAAAAGCCCUACAAAUGCAAACUCUGUGACAAAGGCUUUGCUCAGAAAUGCCAGCUGGUUUUCCACAGCCGUAUGCAUCAUGGGGAGGAGAAGCCGUACAAAUGCGAUGCCUGCAACCUACAGUUUGCCACUUCCAGCAAUCUGAAGAUUCAUGCCAGGAAGCACAGUGGAGAGAAGCCAUAUGUCUGUGAUAGAUGUGGGCAGCGAUUUGCCCAGGCGAGCACACUAACGUAUCACGUGCGGCGACACACGGGAGAAAAGCCCUACGUCUGUGACACCUGCGGGAAAGCUUUUGCAGUCUCGAGUUCGCUCAUCACACACUCAAGAAAGCAUACAGGGGAGAAACCGUAUAUAUGUGGUAUUUGCGGCAAAAGCUUCAUUUCUUCAGGAGAACUCAGCAAACACUUCCGCUCCCAUACAGGUGAAAGACCAUUUACCUGUGACCUGUGUGGAAACUCCUACACAGAUAUAAAAAACCUAAAGAAACACAAAACAAAGGUUCAUACAGAUUCUGUGAACUCUCUGGAUCCCAUCACGCUUGAUCAUCCCUUCAAUGAUCAAGACUCCAUUUCAAAUGAGAAAAGCCCAUUGCUGGAGUCGGUUGAUGUGAAGCCUUCGGACAUAGCAUUACCUCUCCCCAUUGGAACAGAGGAUCACCAAGUGCUAUUGCCUGUCACAGACAGCCAGUCUCCCCCAUCAGACACGCUUCUGAGGUCGACCAUCACUGGGUAUUCAGAACCUCAGUUCAUUUUCCUCCAGCAGUUGUACUGAUAUCCUGUGUGCGACGAAAACUUUGGCAGUGAGAGCCUCUUUGAAAUAACCAAGGUGGACUGAAGGGAUGGAGAAUUCCAGUUGAAGGGCACAAUUUUUUUAAAAAAAGCUAUCCAAUACAACAAAUGCAAAUUAAUUGUAGCAUAUGAAGAACACAGUUGGUGUUAUGUAGCGAAUUUUGGCACUGACAAAACUUGCAACAUUCAGCUGGGAAGUACAUCAAAUUUAAAAUCUGCUUUGGGCAGGAUUAUUGGUGCCUACUAAAAUAGACUGGCAUUGCUGCAUGUAAACUCUGCAAAAUUACAAGGAUUGGAUCCAUAUUUACACUGGAUUAACUGUUCUAAAGAAACUGGAUUUUCCUAUCCCCUCUGAAAAGGCUACACAGUCAGGAUACCCUGCUGAAUGAGAUGAGCUGUAGUGGUGGUGGGAGGGAGGGAGAACACCCCCCCCAAAAAAAUCAGGUAGAGGAACCUUCCACAAUGAGCCUUUCCUCUCAUGGAAUAUCUCUUCCCUGCUGCUUACAGAAGGCAGAUCCUGAAUACAACCCCAUAUAUUUCUUUAACUAGGAAGCCAAAUCUGCAUUCAGAAUAAAAUAUAUUUGUACACAUUCACAUAAUAUACAAGGAGCUGUCUUGCCCUAUAUCUGCUCAGUCGGUUCUUGUAGCCAUGGGGCAAGCAAUCUUCACUAGCCAUGCUGCCUGUUAGACACUGCUUAGUGGAACUGGGAGGUUUUAGUACACAAAGCAUGAACUUUGCUACUGGAUUAUGGGUUGUCCCAUGUUUUGAGAAUUUUUAAAAUCACUUUUUGCCAUAAAAGGGACAAAGGGAAAUGAAAAUAACAAGUUUGAAGGUGUCUCCAAGCUUUUCUCUACAAUCAUGAGCUAGAAACUACAUUAAAAAGAAACAAGCAAAAAACUACUGCUUCUUUGGAUGCUAUAUUCUAAGCCUGACUUGCUUGCCUAAUAAACCUACAGAUUCAUAGAAUACUCCUAUCCUCUGAUUAUCUGCCCCGCCUUCAAGAAAAGCUGCAAUGCGGGUCAGAUUGACCCAUAUUGCAGCAGCCAUUGUUGUCCUUUUUAGGCUUCCAUCUAGAGACUUCAGCAAAGCAGCAAGUUUUACACCUGUUUCUGCUUUGAGAAUCCACUCCUCAUCUACCACAUAUAAGCAGCACUGUCCUGCUCCGUUAUAAUACAUCCCAUAUUUGGCUAUGGCUGGAGAGGAAAGAGAUGGAAGUGGGUUACCUAUAUGAAGUUUGGUACCCACUUCUGUAGGGAGGUGCUCAUGCGUGUCUGUGUGAGUUGUUGUUGCAGGAAUCCUGUAUGUGCUUCCCAAGGAGCUAGAUAUGAAUGUCUUCUCUACCACACACCUGUUUUUCUACCAGCAUUUUGCUCUUCUGAUAGGGAAAACUCAAAAGCAGACUUCUUACAGUGCAAUCGUCCUGAGUGCUGGUGAUAUGAAGUGUCUGUUAGCACAAACUGAAUUAUCUUUCAAUCCUAAAAAAAGUUCAUGAAGUUUAACUCCGGAUGUACUUCUUUACAAUAUGCAUCUUCUGGGGGAAACAUACUGUUUAGUAUGCUUUUAGUAUACUAUAUUUAGUAUUUCAUAAGAAUGUUUCCACGUUUUUGUGUGUCAUUUUUUAAAAGUUGUUUCAGACUUCUAAAAACCCUGUUCUUAGAUUUAUAUUAGACCCUACUUAGCUAUUUAAUAUUUAUAAAGAUGUUUUACUUUAUAGAACUCAUUUGUAUGUAAAGAGAUUUCUAAGGAGACCAUUGUUUGAUUCCCCCUUUCCCAUACACUACAGACCCUUGAGUGGAAAUCUAUUGCAGCAAUAAUUGAAUAGCUUGUUUCCAAAUGAAAGAUUAUACUGUCGUACACAGGUGUCUUGGGCUGUCAAGAUAUAAUGUCCUCUUAAAGAUACUUAUUCAAUAAAUUAUGACCUACACCAGUAUUAAGAUACUGGUAGGAAGUGUUUGAUUUGCUGGGUUCUGUAGGGACAACGCAGAGGUAUUUUACUUGCAUCCAUAUGUACAGUAGCCUUCCCCAACCUGCUACUCUCCAGGUGUUGGACUAUAAUAUCAUUGCUACCCCAGGUAGCAAUGAUAUUCAAGGAUUAUAGGAGUCGUAGUCCAACACAUCAGGAGGGCACCAGUUGGGGAAGGCAGAUGUGGAGUUUACUUCUCCAAGCCUUGUUUGGAAUUGGAAAGAAUAUGCAGUUGAAUUUCUGAUACAAAUAACCAUCCAUCCAAUGGCUUUGAUGCUUUGCCUUGAUGAGGGAAGGGAAUGCUCUUAAACCUUCUCUUUAUCCAUAUUUUAAACCCUUACUUGGAAUGUUACUACUAGGUUUGCCAGUAUAACAAUUACAAGAUUGUAGGCAUUCUGAGGAGUUGUUAGUUAUCCUCUCUGAUUUAAAUUAUUUCUGAAAUAUUUUCUCAUGUACAUACAAAACAUUUUUUCUCGUUCAUGCACAUGUGUGUGUGUAUAGCUUGCCUCCUUGCUUUUAUACUUCCUUCUGUGGGUUGAUGUACAUACUUAGCUUGCAAUAUUUUAA